AUGCAAUCUCCAAACAACUGGUCCCUCCACUCAAUCGCCGGAGCUUAUAUGCUCGGCCUAGUCCCUCACGGAUACUACGUCCUUAAACUGGCUUCAAUGAGACAGAUAUCCAACGUCUCGCCUCGAGACCACUUCACCUCACUCAAGGCUCGCCUACCCGCAGAUACGUGGAAUAAACUCUCUCGCGCGCGCAGUGCGCAUCUAAAUGCUUUAGAGUCACUUCCUUUGUUUGCCGCGGCAAUGAUCGCAGGAAAUGUUGCGAAGCUCCCUGCUGGCGAUCUGAACACGAUUGCUGCUGAAUAUAUUGGUGCCCGGAUGUUAUACACUGUGCUGUAUAUGGGUGUCAAGUCGGAAGGUCUCAGCUAUCUGCGAACCGGAGUGUGGGCAUGGAGCAUCGGGUUGCCACUAUAUGGCCUGGUCAAGGCUGGGAGAGCAUUGGCGAUAGUGGAGUGA